GGAGGCCUCGCUUCGGCGGCCCAGGCCGCUCCCGUCCGCGCCUCAGCCGCCGCCUUCUGGCCUCCUCCCCGGCUCCUCGCCGGCUCCAGGGAUGCGAUGGGGCCCCUGGGGAAGGGGACGCGGGGGUCGCGGGCCUGGCGCCCGGGCGCCGUGGCCGCCGAGGCAAGGAGGGUCUGACGCUCCUUGGCGGUCUCGGGGCGGAGAGGUCCCCGGCCGGGCCGGGCGGCGGGAGAAGAUGAACAUCUGCAACAAGCCCUCUAACAAGACAGCUCCAGAGAAAUCUGAGUGGACCACUUCAGACAAGAGCAGUGGGCCAUCCCCUGAGAUCUGUGGUCAGCGUUCUCGGAGAAAUGGUUGGAGUUGGCCCCCUCACCCGUUCCAGAUCGUGGCUUGGCUGCUGUACCUCUUCUUUGCUCUGAUCGGCUUUGGGAUCCUCGUCCCCCUCCUGCCUCACCCGUGGGUGCCUGCUGGCUACGUUUGUAUGGGAAUUGUCUUUCUCUGCCAUCUCGUCGUCCACCUGACUGCGGUCUCCAUCGAUCCAGCAGAUGCCAAUGUCCGGGACAAGAGCUACGCGGGGCCUCUGCCCAUCUUCAACCGCAGCCAGCACGCUCACGUCAUCGAGGACCUGCACUGUAAUCUCUGCGACGUGGACGUGAGCUCCCGAUCGAAGCACUGUAGCGCCUGCAACAAAUGUGUCUGUGGUUUUGAUCAUCACUGCAAAUGGCUCAACAACUGCGUGGGGGAGAGAAAUUACUGGCUCUUCCUGAACAGUGUGGUGUCGGCCCUGUUGGGGGUCCUGCUGGUGGUGCUCAUCGCCUUCUACAUCUUCGUGGAGUUCUUUAUCAACCCCAUGCGGCUUCGGACCAACAAACACUUUGAAGUCCUGAAGAAUCACACCGAUGUUUGGUUCGUGUUUCUCCCCGCGGCCCCCGUGGAGACCCAGGCCCCUGCCAUCCUCGCCUUGGCUGCCCUGCUGAUCCUGCUGGGCCUGCUCUCUGUGGUGUUGCUGGGACAUCUUCUCUGCUUCCACAUCUAUCUCAUAUGGCACAAACUAACCACCUAUGAGUACAUCGUGCAGCAGCGGCCCCCAAAGGAGGUGAAGGAGACCCAAAAGGAGCCCAAGAUGCGGCCCAUGCAGGAGGUGGAAUUCUAUGUUCGAAGCUUCAGUUACACCAAUUCAGAGCCCCAGCCAGAGGGCUUGGCAGUGGCAGCUUCCAAGACUGACCAUUCUUCACUCUUCGUCACCAGUGCAGAGGCUGCGCUGUCCUCCAAGCCGGACACCCCAGUGCUGCCCCCCAAGAUCCAGCCCCAGAAGAGGAAGAAGAAGAAGAGGAAAGUGUACAAGGUGCCAGCCCUGGUGGCCAGUGACAAGUCUCAGAGCCGCCCCCCACCCCGGCCCGGGCUGCCCGCCCCCCACGCCGAGCUCCCCGAGGCUGGCGCUGCGAGCUCCUCAUCCCACUCCUCCAACUCCAGCCUUCACCUCCCCGUGCCGGCCUUCCUGGGCCCCGCCAGUUCCGUCCAGGCAGCCGGCCCUCCCGCCGAAUACCACUCUGAGUCGGCCGAGUCCAUGGAGGAGAUCCCCGUGGCCCAGACUCGCCUGGGCAGCAGCACCCCGGCCGAAGCUGGCCGGCCGCCCCCUUACAGCGGCCUAGGCCUUUCCCGCCAUCACCUCCCCCAGGCUCCCAGCCUGGGCAAGAGCUGCCCUGAGGUCCGGGACUAUGAGCAGGAGCUGGAAAUCGUGGCCAAGGUGACCACUGUGUUUGUGAGCCAAAGCAGUGGGGAGCCCCCCGGGCCCUCCAGGGGGCAGCAGUGCAGUGGUGCCAGGCUGGAGCCCCGGCCGGAGGUGAGCAUGGCCUAGGAGCCCUGCUGCUGCCACGGCUGACAAAAGGGGCGCUAGCCCAGGGCCUCGAACCGGGCUUUGCCUUCUGCCCUGGGAGACUGGCCUGGGCCUGACAAGCUGAAACCGGCCUGACUGGCUGAAACCGGGCCUGACUGGCUGAAACUGGGCCUGAGGCAAACGCAGUGGAGUGAGGGGUAGAAUGGAGGGCAGGGCAGAGGUGCAGUGGCUGCAGGAGGCCACCCUGCCUGCAAGGACUCUCCAAGGAUUGGGCUCUCCAAGGACUGGGGUUUGGGCCCACCACAGCACCCGCCCCAGACUUGGCCACCUCACCCUAGAAGGACUGAGGCAAAUGGUGAAGUGAGUGGCUCCCCCAAAGGGAUAUCUGAGGCAAAGCCUGCGCUGAACCAUGCUAGUGAGGGCUGGGGGGCUGGCAGACCCCUGCUCUCCCCUCUAAAUGGGGAGGGGGGUGAGCGAGCCAAGCUUGCUCUCCCCAAGUGCAGGGGGAGCCAGGUCUUAAGGCUGAUCCCACCGAGUGGGUAACUUCCCACACUAAGCCAAGCAGCGCGCCCCCCCCCCAGAGGAGCUAGCGGUUCCUUGUGGGGGGUGGGCUGAUGGGACCCUGGUUCCCUGAGCUCCUGGCCAAAGCUCCCUGGCAGCCAUGUAGCUACCUAUCCCCACCAUUCCCACCUCCAGUCUAUGCAACCUCCUCCCCAAUGGAGAGCUGAGCCCAGGGCCACGAACUGUUUCCACCUUCGGGAAAAGACUGCAGGGCUGCUGGGAAGCUGGCCAGCGAGGCCCCCAGGAAGGGAGGGAGAUCCCAGGAGCCACACCCAUGAAGGCCAGGCUAGCCCAGCACCUUACAACAGCACAGAAUUCACUUUAGGGGGAUGCCCCCGGGGAUGGGAUGGGGUGGGUGAGCACUUGGGACUUCAACCCUCCUUUCUCCCCCUUUCCUGGGGCUGUACUCCUCCCCCCUUUAAUCAUGAGCAGCAGCAUCCUUUCUCCUGUGAAUUAAUCAUGUCACAAUAUAAAUUUUUUAUGCCUUUGCUAA